AUUUAGUUUACACUGGCUUACGAAAGAGAAAAGGUCGAACAAUUUAACAUUAAUUUGUUAAGCGAUUUUAAACGCUCCUUAAUCGGACUAUACACUCAUUAGAGUGGCUGCUUUUUGGCACGCACUUUUGGUAUAUGAACUAGUUUUUGACUUCCGUAUUUUGAACAAAAUCUAUGAAUAUAAGUCAUUGAUAGAAGAACGACGCGAUAAACACUUGGAAAUUGAAAGUUCGCUCAUUUUGAGUGAAUAGACGAAGGCAAAAUGAAACAACGUGAAAACGCGCGGUCAAAGGCGAGCUCGAGUAGUCAAGAACGACUCAUUGCACGCGAAACAUUUCAAUAUGUGACUACCAAUCCGAGGAAAUUCGGUGUCGCAAGCACACGCAACGAACGGCAACUCGCAAAGGCAAUGGAUACACUUCACAUGCAACAGAAUAAACGACUCGCGAAACUUAGCUCGGAAAUUCACGAGGUCAAGGUCCACCAAUGGAAACUUAAAGAGGCAGAUGAAACGAUUCGGGACCCGAAAACUUUGGAGGACAAACUUCUACGUAAGUAAAACGAAAUUCUGUUUGUGACUGUAAAAGACUAUAUACACAACGUUUGCCUAAAACUGUAAACUGUCGCAUGCAACCUGUGCUGUGUAUAAAAUCAAGCACACAACUCAUCUACCAAAACGUGGGCGAUUGUGUGCUUGAUUUACACAGUGUAACUCAAGUUAUGAACAGGUUGCUUACAACAGUUUUAGGAAGAAGUGUGAAUUGACACUAAGACGUCAGUUCCUCAAACAUUUCUUACAAAUCCUUCAAAACUUAGUCUUAGAAUUUAACUAUACAAAAAAUAACUACUAUGAUCACAGAAACUUUGAUAGUGUAAACCAGUCUUUAAAAACACUCUUAAAGUACGAGAAAAAAUUUCUAAUAAUACUAUCUUUAUUAUUAGGUCCCACAGCCGAGGAAGUAAUUGAUGAGACGGAGCCCAAGAACCGAGGCGCUGUCAUGACACGCGGCCGAACUGGGAUUAAGCAUUCAAAGAGUCCACGUACUCGAAAUGAUGAGGGUAUGGACCGCGUAAGUUUAAGGAAAAACAGACCCUUGACAUCCGGAGAUAUUUCAGCGAAGACCAGGUCCUCACGUUUGAAAGCCAACAGUAAUGGCAGAAUUUUCAAAUACGACAGAAUAAACGGGCAGACAAAAGCAGAGUGUUUAUACAAGGCUACGAAUGGACGAAACCGACAGCCUUCAACGCCACAGGAAGUACCGGUUGACUAUGCUUUAAAAGAUAUGCCGAUAAAAAGAGACCCACACAAGUAUAAAUCCUAUAACUUAAUAAAUGCUCAAAAAUUUACGGGGAAACGGGGAAAUUCGCCGCGAGAUAGCACAAAUCACACAAAAGAACCUCGAAAUGAACUUCAAGGUAUAAAUGAUAGCCGUGAGAAAAAUUCAGUGAAUAAGAACCACCACAUUGGUAAAAUAAACACAAAGCCGGAUGCACGACCGCGUUCCGGACAUGUUCCGAAAAUUUCCGAAACUCAUCAGAUAAAUUACAGUCAUCGAGUGGCAAUGCCGAAGGGUUUACCCACGCAUAUGACGUACAAAGAGGCGAAAGGCCCCAUCGUACAUUUCCACAAAGACAGUGCUGUUAAUCACGAGGAGGAAGCGGCUGUUUCCGAUCAGGAAACGGGAGAUCAUGAAGAACGACCGAACGUAGUGGAAGAGAAUUGGGCAGAAACACUAAAAUCGUGUCGGUAUUUGAGAAAACCGCGCGGUUACGAGACGCCCGAAAUCCCGAUUGAAUCUAUAUUUCAAAAUGAUUGAAAUCGAUCGAACUUUAGUUAGACUGGAUGAUCAGUUCAUACUAGACUGCAUGGAUAGUCUAGGGAUGCAUGAAAAGACAGACAAAUGAAGCACAUGAGCUUGCCGUACUUUACACUAUCAAAGUUUCAGCAAAAUAAGGAUUUGUAAGAAAUGUUUCAGGAAACUGACAUAGUGCUAGACACUGAGUCAGUUUCCUCAAACAUUACUUAUAAAAAAUCCUUCAAUACUUAGAAUUUACCUAUGCAAAAUUCCUACUGUGAUCACAGAACCUUUGAUAUAGAUUUGGAUCAAGUCCGUCUCUCUAGAGUCCGAGGGAGAUGCACCUCGCGCGCCGGACUCUAGAGAGGCGGAUCCAAGUCUACCUUUGAUAGUGCAAGCCAUUUUCUCCGAGAAGUGUUUUUCCCAUCGUUUAAAUACUUUAAUUGCAAUGCUAAUCACUUAAAUACCUUCACGAAUUAAAUUCUGAUACUAUAACGGUCUCAGUCAUGUCAUAUUGCAUGCGAUUAAGCAUGAUAUAUAUUCACCCAGAUAUAUGGCAUAUGCAUUGCAUAUCUAUGCUCUUGAUGGGCUAAAGAGUAAAAAAUUUUCACUGAUAAUGUCGACAUUUAGCU